AUGACAGUAGAGGAUAAAUUUAACGGAAAUAUCGAAGAGGUUAGUGACAUCGUGUCAUCUGACCAGUCUCUGAAGGUAGCGGCUGUCUUCAAAGAAUAUGAGCCGGAAGAGAAAGUGCUCUCUGAGAUUGAUCAGAUUGUGAAGCAACACGAGCUCGAGGAUCAGCGCGACCUGUUGACGCGUGGUGCAUUCUGGGCUAAUGAUCCAGAAAUUCUUCAGACUGAAGAUUACAGCGAUGAGGAACGUCGAAUUGCUAAAAAAGCCAUAGAAAAGCCCUUGUUUUCGCUGUCCAAACAUAUGCUGUUGGCUGCCCUCUGUACCUCAUGUGCUGCAAUCAACUUCGGGAUGGACGAAAGUGCCAUUGGUGGUGCUGUAUUGCAGUAUCAAAAUCAAUUCAACAUAACAGAUCCUAAUAUACAAGGUCCUACGGUUGCUGCGCCAUAUCUCGCUGCUGCUUGUUUGGGAUCCCCUCUUACCAUUUACCUCGACAAGUAUGUCGGCAGAAAAUGGAUUAUAUUUAUUAGCUGCUUCAUCGGCUUUGCGGGAUCGCUCAUCCAGGGUUUUUCAAAUGGACUUGGCUGCCUUUUGUUUGCGAGAUUGUUUCUUGGGGUAGGCAUGGGCUUGAAUUCAUCGACUGUGCCAAUUUACACAGCGGAAUGUGCCCCUGCGAUUUCUCGCGGUGCGGUUCUGAUGUUGUGGCAAACUUUCAUCGCCCUCGGUGUGUGCUUGGGCUCUGUUUUCAACCGAGCUUUCGUUAAUAUAAGCGGAUCGCUUUCGUGGCGCCUCAUGAUAGGAUCCUCGUGUGUUGCUCCAUUUGUCACAGGGAUCUUAAUCUUCUUCCCGCCCGAAUCUCCGAGAUGGCUCAUUAAUCAUGGAAAAACAAGAGAGUCUCUGUACUCCUUGUUAAAACUAAGACCCAACGAGCUAUCGGGAGCGCGGGACUUCUAUAUCCUUCACCAAUCUUUGAAGUUCGAGUCCGAGUUAGAAACUCGGUUAUCCUCUUGGCAGCAGUUUCUGUCUCUGUUCACAAACAAAAGAAACAGGUUUGCUCUAAUCGUGUCACUGAUUGGCAUUCUAGGUCAGCAGUAUGGAGGUGUCAACAUUCUAGUCUCCUACACAACCACAAUCUCAACAAAAUCCGGCGUUGAUCCCGUUACAGCUAUCGCAGGUUCUAUUGGAAUUGGGGGUGGCUGCUUCUUGGCCACAUUCGUUUCGACGCAAUUGAUUGAUCGUUUUGGCAGAAGAAAGAUGCUUUUAUUCACGCUUCCAGUGGAAGCUUUAUGUUUGUUCUGGUUGGGGGGCAUUCUAAACGUCACAAAUCCGCAAAGCAGACUUGGAGCAGGCCUAGCGUCAAUGUACGUGUACGUGUUGUUCUACGGUACUGGUAUUGGACCAGUUAGUUUCACUCUGGUAGCAGAGACCUCGUCUAUCACUGUGAGAAUGGCACACAGUGCUACAUGUAUGUUCGUGAACUGGAUUCUGGAUGUUUGCCUGAGUAUGACAUGGCCCAAAAUGGAAGCCACUAUGACUGCCUCGGGAGGCCUAUAUUUUUACGGUGGAUUCAACAUUAUUGUCUGGAUUCUCACUUUUCUCUGUAUUCCGGAAACGAUGCGCUUCACACUGGAGCAACUUGAUGAGAUCUUCAAAGUCGGAGUUUCGGCGCAUAUAAAGAAGAGCCUCCGCAGACUAGAUCGCCGCUGA